GCUGCCUCAAGGAGAGAAGUCAAGGAGUACCAAAGAUCAAGCCUGAGAGGGGAAGAUAGACAAAGAAAAACAGAUCAACGGGCGUGCAAGCCAUGAACACUAGCGUUGGAUCGCCCGCGGAUAUGAGGAACACUACUACUCACGGCACGUCGAUCAUCUCAUUGCCCGGUGCCCAGCAGCUAUGGAACCAGUGGGAGAUCCAAUGCCUGGUGCUGGCGAGCUUCUCCUUGCAAGUCUUCCUCCUCUUUUUCUCGGGCAUGCGGAAGCGCCGCAGGUCCAGCGCCCUCAGCUUGCUGCUGUGGAUUGCCUACCUGCUGGCCGACUACGCCGCAACCUUCACCCUCGGCCGCCUGACGCUCCACCUCGAUGACCCUCGCCACCAGCUCCUGCUCUUCUGGACGCCCUUCCUGCUGCUCCACCUGGGAGGUCAGGAGACGAUCACGGCAUUCUCCACGGAGGACACCUUGCUGUGGAAGCGCCACCUCCUGAGAGCCUCGUCUCGCAGGUCAUGAUGUCCAUCUACAUCGUCACCAAGUCAUGGCACGUGGUCAGCACCAAGCAGCUUAUGGCUCCCAUGGUGCUCAUGUUCAUUGCCGGGACAAUCAAAUACGCGGAGAGGUCAUGGGCGCUCAUGACCGCCGGCAGCUCCAUGACACCUGGCAGCAGCUCCAUGUCGGACUAUGUGCUCAACGUAGAGAGUAAUGUCCUUGAGGACUCGGAGUCCUAUUUCCAGAGGCUCCAUGAUUUUCUAUCACGCGACAGUCGGGGCAGGGUAGACUACGAGGGCCUUGUGGAUGUUGCCGGGAAGGGGAUCCGCAUAUGGUUGGAUUUCUUGACAGACAUGACCCCUUUCUUGAUGUGGAACAAGGGCGACACCAUCAACCGCGCCAUCCGGAAGUUGAGAGGCCUGGAGAAUCCAGAGCUCCGGCAACAGAUCGGUUACAAGUUGGCUGAGAUCCAGCUCUCGCUUGUCUAUGACUUCAUGUACACCAAGUAUGGAGUGCUCCAGUAUCACCCCAACCUGAUCAACAGUGGAGUCGAGCGGCUCGUCACGUUUGGCGCAACCACUGCGGCGCUGGUGCUGUUCCUGAAGGCUGACCUGAAUGGGCAGUUCGCCGGCGACGUGAGAGCCGAUGUCGUGGUGUCAUAUGUGCUGCUGGCUGGUGCAGUCGCACUGGAUUUAUCCUCCACCUUCAUGGUCAUGUCCUCAUUCUGGCCGUACCUGCCCGGACGAAGCCCCUUCGGGAAAGAUGGAUUCCUCGGAAAGCAUGUAAUGUUCAAUCUGACCAAGCUUGUGAAUCCACUGGGCAAACGGUUGUGGUCAGGGCAGAUGGCGCAAUACAACCUGAUCGGCGAGUGCAUCCAUGAGAAGCAAGCUAAUUUCUUCGUGUGGGCUCUGCGCAAGGUUGGCCUUGUGUCUCUCCUGACCUCAAGAAGUUCCUCUUCACGAAGCUGCUGGACAUAGGGACGACUAAGCAGGUGACGGAAUACUGGAAGUGGGACUUCGGCACGUUCAGCGGCCAGUGGGCCAGAUGGGCGCUGGAGGCGACGGAGGAAGGAAGGUCGGUAGAUAAGAAGAAGCUCAACCUGGAGGGCGGAACUGUUGCGGCGAUCGUCCUCAUGUGGCAUAUGACCACCGAGAUGUGCCUCUACACCACCACCGACAACGGCAAGGACAGCUCCUCUAUGCACAGGGACAUGAGCAGGCAGCUGUCCGAGUACGUCCUGUACCUUGUCGGGAAGUGCGGCGUCAAGAACGGAAGCAAUGGGCAUUUCGAGUUCGGUAAGCUCCGGCGGGACGUGAAGAAAGCUCUCGCCCACCAACGUUUCUCUGGGGGGCGCCUCGAGCAGAGCGAGAUCGUCCUGUAUGGCUACGAGGGGCAUGGGUUUUUCACCCUCCGUGCCAGUGACGCCGCCAAGGAGCUGCUCAAGAUCACACGCCCAGCUGAAAGAUGGGAGCUCAUCGCCACGGUGUGGACUGAGAUGCUUUGCUUCCUGGCGCAGAACUGCGAGGCGGCAUUCCACAUCAAGAAUCUGACCACUGGUGGUGAGUUCGUCACGCACGUCAGGGUCUUAUCCAUCAUUCUGGGCAUUCCUUUCAUCCGGGAGGAAUGGCAAGCCCAAGCUAAGGAUGACACCGAGUAUUCUGAUUUCGUAAUGUUCUAAAUCAAAUUGCUUGGAGGAUCCCAAAUUCAACCCUUUUGAAGAAAGUGAUUAUGUGGAGACGGAUUGUGCCAACAAAGAUGAAGGACGGUUCAUGUGCUUCUUGUGGAGCUUGUGAGACGUUUUAAGCAAAAACAGAUUAUGUAUUGCCACCUAUUAUGUUAUGAAACUCAGAGAUAGAGGCUUAUGCCAUGUGAAACUUGUAUUUUAUAAGCUACUGUUGUAAGCAGGUGCUUCGAUGACUGCUGAUUGCAGGUGUAUGGUGUUGUAAGACUUGUAUAUGUAAGCUUGUAUUUUGCAGUA